AUGACAGACUUUGUCCCCAGGCCAGACGCAGUAUCCUGCACAAAUGGCGCCCCUAAUGUGAUCUCUCCUUCUCACUCUCACCCUCAACCGCAACAAGCUCCAUCUUCAACACCCAACCAAGAAUCACUUCAAACACCACCACCCCUCGCCACCGUCAUCGCCAACGUCCAUCAUAAAGUCCAUUCGUUCCUCCAAGAAUCCCAUCCCCCAGACUCUCUCCUCGCCGCCGUCCAGCGUCAAACCCGCAUAUCUCUCGACGUCGUCGCAACCGCGCUGUCCCGCUACCAGCUCCCCGAACUCUCCCUCUCCUAUAAUGGCGGCAAAGACUGUCUCGUACUUCUUAUCCUCUUCCUCACGGGCCUGAAUCCUCUCCCUCCCCCAGAAAAGGGUGGCAUUGCUUCCAUCCCCUCCAUUUACGCUCUCCCGCCCGACCCUUUCCCCGCCGUCGAGGACUUUGUGCUCUCUUCCUCCCGCGCCUACCAUCUAUCCAUAAUCAAGUACACCACAGACCCCCCCAAGAGUACCCUGCGCUCCAGCUUCGAGGAUUAUCUCGCUCGCAACCCUUCCGUCAAAGCUAUCUUUGUCGGCACCAGACGUACCGAUCCUCAUGGCGCCAAGUUGACCCAUUUCGAUCGCACCGACCAUGGCUGGCCCGACUUUGUGCGCAUCCACCCCGUUAUCGACUGGCGAUACGCAGAGAUCUGGGCUUUUAUUCGCCACUUGGAUCUCGAGUAUUGUCCCCUCUACGACCAGGGUUACACCAGUCUCGGUGGCACAACCGACACUCUGCCCAACCCCAUGCUGCGGGUUGACCGUUGUGCCUCCGAGGAAGAGACAGAAGGUUUUCGUCCUGCAUAUGAGUUGACCGAGGAUCUCGAGGAAAGAUUAGGCCGCAAUUGA